ACGAGCAAACAUCCUCCUGCUGUGUUCUCUCACUGACUCAUCCGCCGCUUCUUCUCUGGGACCUGGAACAUUUUUAUCUGCAUGAGGACCAACGCGGAGGCAGCUGACCAAUCAGCGCGCAGGAUCUCUCCAGGAAACGCUGCCGGGUUUCCACCUGCGCGCACACACAGACACACACACAAACAGGUAGACAGGUGGAUCCAGUCAGUCAGUCAGUCAGUCAGUCAGAGCCGGAGGACUACACAGAUCUUCUUCCUGAGCGGACGGACAGCAGAGAUGGUUUGCGGAGGAUUCGUUUGCACCAAGAACUCGCUUUGCGCGCUCAACAUCCUUUAUGUGCUGGUCAGCCUGCUGCUGGUGGGGGUGGCGGCCUGGGGGAAAUGGUUCGGCCUGGUCUCCAGCAUCAGGGUGGUGGCGGGGGUCAUCAGCGUGGGCAUCUUCCUCUUCCUGGUUGCGUUCGUGGGCCUGUGCGGCGCCCUGAAGCACCACCAGGUCCUGCUCUUCUUCUACAUGAUGAUCCUCUUCGUGGUGUUCGUGCUGCAGUUCGCUGUGUCCUGUGCUUGUCUGUCCCUCAACGCCGACCAACAGAAACAUCUGCUGGAGGUCGGAUGGAACAAAUCUGAGGCCACUCAGGUCGACUUGGAGAAAACCCUGAACUGCUGCAGCUUCUCUAACGUGGACUACAACGCCACGUGUCCGGCCGUGUGCUUCCAUAAAACUCCUCAGACCUGCUCCACCUGCUCCAGCAUCAUCCUGGAAUACGCCGAGCAGGUGCUGCACUUUGUGGGCGGCAUCGGCCUCUUCUUCAGCUUCACAGAGAUCCUCGGAGUCUGGCUCACCCACAGAUACAGAAACCUGAAAGACCCUCGAUCAAACCCUGGAGCCUUCCUAUAACCCCCCCACCCUCACCCUCCCACCCCCCCAAAUAAGACCGGAUCACUGCAGAUUAAUCCUGCGCCUUCUUUCAUAUUUAUCUGUGUACUUGUACGAUUUCCAGAGAGACUCUAACGUUGGAUGAACUCGUUCACGAAUCAAAUCCUAAUCAAGUAAUUAUUCCUCAUGAAUUAAACUUUUUGUCAAUAAGCCA